AUGGCCCACAGGAGCAACAAGAGCACGAUGGGCAACAGGUCUCAAACAGCAACAGGCACAAGUGAACAGAUUGCAAAUGUCUGCAAGCUGUACCAAGGACGUCAAGUUUAUCUUUCCUUCGAAGUUAUCAUCGUAGGAUGUGGGCUUGGUGGUGUCGUUGCUGCGUACUGUCUCGCCCAGGCUGCCCAUAAAGUGACCAUCCUUGAGGCCACUCUCGCGAUUGGAGAGAUCGGCGCUGGUAUCCAGGUCGGCCCAACCCUGACCCAGCUUCUGAUCCGCUGGGGUCUGGGAAAACGCCUCGAGGACGUCACUGUCAAACCUGAUUUUAGGCGAUGCGAGUCAUUUCAUCUAUGCUUAUAUAUACCACUCAUUCCUCUUGCCAUGUUUUGGGCAACCGUUUCUCUCGCCUUGUGCACCGCUCUCAGAUUCUUCCCCUACUUCACGCCUACUAAUCCAUCCGCUAUGAUCCACAUAUUUCACCUUCCCGACGGUCCGCAGCAAGAGAAACGAGGCCGGGAAAUGCUUGCCGCGAUGGAAGACACUUUACGCGUGGCAACCGGCGAAAGGAGCAUAAUGACUUCGGCAGGGCACGCAAACCAGUGGGCCGACAAGGAAACGAAUUCAAUCCAGUUUGGCUACGACGCUGACGAAGAAGCGGAGAAAUGAGCAUAUUCUUAGGGGUCCUUGCGCCUUGUUGUAAUUCUACUGAUUCCUUCUUACAAUUAGAUAAUUCUCAAGGUAGUGCAAUUGAGAACCGUCCAUUUCGGACGUUAAUAUAAUGAACGAUUAGACAAGGCGUAACAUGGAUGAGCGCUGCG